AUGUCAUGUCAAUCCUAUGCUAUGCAAGAUAAAGAAUAUGAUGCACAAUUGCUGAUGGUAAAUAAUUUAGAUUUCUACAAACUAACGCAGGAGAAACUGGGUGCGGGUGCGUACGCGAGUGUCCGAACUUGUGUGUCAAUUGCCUCUGGGAAGGAGUAUGCCGUGAAAGUUGUUGACAAGAACGAGGAAUCGCACACGCGAUCGCGAAUUCUCCGAGAAGUGAAUACGUUCAAGAUGUGCAAGAACCAGCCGAACAUCGUCCAGCUAAUAGAGUGGUUCGAAGAUGAUGGAAACUUUUACAUGGUAUUUGAAAAGAUGCGUGGUGGUCCUUUGCUUGAGCACAUCAUUCGCAAAGGAUAUUUCACAGAAGAAGAAGCUCGCCGUGUGACUGUUGACAUCGCAACCGCUCUCAAGUUCCUCCACGAUCGAGGAAUAGCGCAUCGAGACGUGAAACCAGAAAACAUCCUAUGCACUGAGCCCGAUCGGGUGAGUCCUGUGAAGUUGUGUGAUCUGGAUCUAGCCAGUCGUCCUGUCAAAGGCCACUCUCCUCCAAGGAUGCCACAGAUCGCUUCGGAGCCAGAUCUCGCUUCACCAGUUGGAAGUGCUGAAUUCAUGGCCCCCGAGGUUGUCGACGCAUUUGUCAACGAUGCGCUGAGAUACGACAAACGUUGCGAUAUGUGGUCCCUUGGAGUUAUCCUAUACAUCAUGCUGUGCGGUUAUGCUCCAUUUCAAGGAGAAUGUGAUGACGAAGACUGCGGCUGGUCUGAGGGACAACCGUGUGACGACUGUCAGCAGGAGCUGUUCCGCCGCAUCCAGUGCGGUGAGUACGACUUUCCACCCGAUGAAUGGAGCAUGAUCAGCGAUGAAGCAAAACAUCUCGUCAGCAGUUUAUUGGUGAAGAAUGUGAGCGAACGGCUAACUGCUAAUGAGGUUCUCGACCACCCUUGGGUGAAGCAGAGCGCACCAAGCACUAUACUUCAGACUCCGAGUAACUUGUUCAGGAUUGAUUCUGCUCGUGAUGUGCAGCAGAUGAGCGAGCACUUUAAUGUGAUGAAUCGCUUUGUGGCAGCUCGUUUAAGCUCACGUCUCGAGAAAAUUACUAUGAAUGAGGAUGAGCAGGAAAGUACAACUGAAUCUGUCAGUAGUGCCAGCCCUACUGAGCCACCACCAACUCAGUUGUUCGGCAGCGAUCGUCAGGUCCCUCAAACGCUUCCGUUGUUCAUGAUGCCUCCUGAAGCCUUCAUGGAUCCCUUCAGUGGAAUGAUGAUUUAUCCUCCUGGUAGUGAACCACCGUCACCGGCUAUCAGUGCAAAAAACCGUCUGAAUGGUACUAAAUCGAUCUCUGACGGAGGUUCCAUAUCGCACAACGGCAGCUUUGGGGUCAAGACAGAAACAUCUCCUUCACUUCUUCGUGCUCGUAAUAGCGGUACUGGGAUUCGUCGUUACAUUGCUAGUAUGUCUCGCGGACCUACUCCAGAGACAUGUCAGGGUGCAGUUGUCAGACAGGAAUCGCUAUCCGAUCUGCUCACACAGCAACACCGUGAAACCGAAGUUAAUGUGUGA